UCAAUCCGGGCACUUCCCCCUCCUGGAAACCGCCGUGUGUCGCCUCUUUGGUUCCCACCCAAACAAACAAAGCUCAUGGAGCUUUCCCCCCCCUCAGAAACAACUCCGUGUCCGGCCAGCUGAUCCCGUCAGUUAGCUGGACUUCAAAAAUCAAUCAAAAUCAAGCUCCUGUUACCCGGUCACCAUAUCUUUCUGUAACGGUUUUUAACUGACGGUUUGUAAUUCCAGCCGUUGCGCAACACUAACGUGAACCUAGCUAGCUAGCUAGCCGCGAGUCUCCAAACAGCCGCAGGCAGGAGAGAUGCCGAGCCGUUUGUCGGUUACAGGCGGUACUUAACAACGGGUUCGACAAGCACGGAUGACAGCCCCGGUUCGGCUCCUGCUCGGAGAAGAUCAGAUGUUGAAGAAAAUUGGUUGAGUCAAGCUAGUUACCAGCACACUGAGCAGCCUGUACAUAAACCACUCUCCCCCUCCCCCUACCCCUACCUCCCUCCUCCUCCUAUUGGCUCUGCUGCGGUCCCAUCCUGUGCUUUUCCACUCUAGUUACUAUGACUGCAAUGCGUGUGGACGCCAAAGUGGUGAUGCUGGGGAAGGAGAGCGUGGGGAAGACCAGCCUGGUGGAGAGAUACGUUCAUCAUCGCUUCUUGGUUGGGCCGUACCAGAACACCAUCGGUGCUGCUUUUGUUGCCAAAGCAAUCCAGGUGGGAGACAAAGUGAUCACCCUGGGAAUAUGGGACACCGCUGGAUCCGAGCGCUACGAAGCCAUGAGCAGAAUCUACUACAGGGGAGCCCGGGCAGCCAUAGUCUGCUACGACCUGACCGACAGCAGCAGCUUCCAGCGGGCUCGGUUCUGGGUGAAGGAGCUGCAGAACUGCGAAGAACACUGUAAGAUCUACCUGUGUGGCACCAAGAGCGACCUGGUUGGAGAAGACCGGAGCCUGAGGCAAAUCGACUACCACGACACUCAGGACUUUGCUGACGAGAUCGGGGCGCAGCAUUUUGAGACCUCCAGUAAAACAGGAAACAACGUGGAUGAGUUGUUCCAGAGAGUUGCUGAGGAUUACAACAGCACCGCCCUCCAGUAUAUGUCGGCGGAGGAAACGGGCGUGGACUUGGGCCAGAAGAAAGACUCCUAUUUCUACUCCUGUUGUCAUAACAACUGAUGCCGAGCAACAGGAAGGGGAACGGACGCGGUCACCUUCCCUCGGCCGGAGUAAAAACGUGGAAACGCCGGACGGACGGCCAUGUAACUCUGCUCUGGAGCUGGGAUCCAACUCACCAGAGAAGAAGAAAUCAGUACUGCUCACUGUUUAUACCUUAAUAUACAUGUUUAUUACUUUAGUGCCAUAAAGACCACGGAGGAGGAUCUACUGCUGCUGCCACGGUUACUGGGUGGGAGAGGGGUCUAAAACCCCAAACUCUCACCUAGGUAGCUCCCUUUUCUUCUGAGCUGGACCCUGGAAGUAAACACAUAUCUGUGAAGCUGCGGAGUUUAUCAAUGUGACGUUACGAAGAGGGACCCCGCAGAACGCGGUCUGGGAGAGAAGCUGAUUGUUGUAGCGAGGGCGGUGCUUCAGGACGGUGGAGGCUUUGUUUACAGCGGUUGGUUUUUGUUUACGUAUUUAACCUUGCUGUGGAAACCCGUCUGUUAGACCUGCACAUCUGCAAUGACGCCAACGGGGGGGGAAGCCAACUACGAUAUAAAAACACAACACACUCCGGUGUUUCCAGUUAUACUAAAUUAAAAUAAAUUCCCUUUUUUUGUUUUGUUGCAAAUCUAGUAUAAUUAAGUGAUACCAAUGAUCUUCAUAAAGGCCUUAAUACCUGCAGUAGAAAUGUGUUCAAAACUCAACUCUCCAGAGCGUCGGCUCUUCAGCGUUUACCGCGGCGUUCUGGAUGUAUUACAUCAACUGGACACAGCGCCACCACACAGCCAGUGGUCACUCACAGUACUGCAAUAUAGAGCUGAAAGAUUAAUCAAUUAGUCGUCAACUAAUAAAUAAUUUGCCAACUAAUUUGAUAAUUGAUUUAUUGGUAAUGGAUUCGAAAUUCUCUGAUUCCAGCUCCUUAAAUGUGAAUAUUUUCUAGUUUCCUCUCUCCUCUGUGACUUAAUAUCUUUGAGUUAUGAACAAAACAUUUGAGGACGCCAUCUUGGGCUUUGGGAAAACACCGAAUUUGUCACCAGUUUCUGAAAUUUUAUAAACCAAACAACUAAUUGAAUAAUGAACCGAUUAAUGGACAAUAAUAAUAAAUAAGUUAGUUGCAAUAAAAACAUUCUUUUCCACAUAGACGACCAUCAUAAAAGAGACAUCUUUAAGACUACUGAGACAUCUUAAAGGGCCAGCAGGUGCAGGUAAAGGUAAACCCAGACGCUGGAAAACGUUUUCCUGAUGAGCAACUUUAGUUCAAAUGAAUGGCGGACAUCUUUGGAGUUUGGUAUCCAGUUGGCGUAAUAUAUCCAUAGCGGCAGAGAACAAGUAUCAGAUACGUUAUCCUUUUCAGCACAAGCUACCAUUCCGAUUUUAAAACGCCAACAUCUCUGUAAUUAAAUUGCAUGGACUGAGGUGACUGGAAGUUACUUUUCUACAUUUAAACUCUAAAUGUUCUAUUUUGUAAUCUCAAAAUGCACAGUACACACACGUGGAAAUGUGACUGUCAGUCUUUCGGUGUCUUGUGGCAGUGAAAUGUUCCUUUUUAAGAAACACUUCCAUCCCCCCCCACCGUGGUGGUGAGAAAUGGCUUCGAAAACGUCGGUGAAUGUGUGCCAACGCGGCUAAAACUGUCAUUACAAUGUCCUCAGAACAAUAUCUACAGCUGUAUUUAACCUAAGACUCUAAUUUAUUGCCUUUUAAGUUGUGCUGACCGGAAGAAGUGCAGAAAAUAAUAAUAAUAAUAAAAAAAGGA